AUGAGGGUUCUCAGUGAUGAGACUUUGGAAGAGAAAUCUCUAGUAUUUAGAAGAAUUGGAUCAGCAAUCUUUUAUGGUUUGGCAUCUUUUAUGAUAACUGUUGUGAACAAGACAGUGCUCACAAGUUAUCAAUUUCCUUCAUUCCAAGUGUUAGGUAUUGGACAAAUGACAGCAACUGUUAUUCUCUUGUAUGUUGCAAAAAGAAUUAACCUCCUUAGUUUUCCAUCAUUUGAGUUUGACAUCUUCAAGAAAAUUUUUCCUUUACCCCUUAUAUACAUAGGGAACAUGAUUUUUGGUCUUGGAGGCACCAAAGAAUUAUCUCUCCCAAUGCUAACAGUGCUUCGAAGGUUUUCAAUACUUAUGACAAUGUUAGGGGAGUUUUAUAUUUUAGGAAAGAAACCCCGCAUUGCUGUGCAAUUAUCAGUGUAUACAAUGAUAUUAGGAGCUUUCAUUGCUGCCAGUAAUGAUUUAGCUUUUAGUGUUAAAGGAUAUACUCUAGUGCUUCUCAGUGAUUUAUUUACAGCUGUGUAUGGUGUAGUAAUGAAACAAAAAUUAGAUGCUGCAGAGCUUGGUAAAUAUGGUCUUAUGUUUUAUAAUUCAUUAUUCAUGCUACUUCCAGCUAUUGCCAUUGCUACCUUCACAGGUGAUCUGGAUGCUGCUGCUCGAUUUCAAAAAUGGGAUGACGUAUUGUUUCUUAUUCAGUUUUUUAUGUCGUGUGUAAUGGGAUUUGUACUAUCAUAUAGUGUGAUCUUGUGUACUUUACAUAACUCUGCUCUUACAACUACAGUGAUAGGAUGUCUCAAAAAUGUUUGUGUGACCUAUCUGGGUAUGCUUAUAGGCGGUGACUAUGUAUUUUCCGUGAUAAAUUUUGUUGGAAUUAACGUGAGUGUUUUCGGUAGUUUAAUGUAUACUUGGGUGACAUUCCGAAGAACUGAAAAUCCAGUUGUGCAGACUCAAGCUGCCACGACCAAUGUUACUGAAGAACCAGGUUGUCAGAUUACUGAUGACAGCUCCCUGGUCCAAAGUUUGAAAAUAGUCUCUGAUGUAAGACAUCGGUAUGCUGUAACAACAUUGAUGAGCAACAUUGAAAAUUUGGGAAAUGAAACUCAAGAAACUGAACUUGUUUUUAUAAUACCAGAAAGUGCAUAUGUUUCUUCUUUUUAUUUCAUUGCUAAUGAUAUUAAAUAUAAAACAGCAGUGAAAAGCAAAGAAGAAGCUCAACAAGUAUAUCAAAAUGCUGUUGGAGCUGGAGAGUCAGCUGCACAUAUAUCUACAAGUGCUCGAGAAUCAGAUGUUUUCACAAUAUCAGUCAAUGUAGAGCCUAAAAGUAGUAUUUCAUAUAACUUAACAUAUGAAGAACUGCUGAGUCGCCGACAUUCACUUUAUGAUCUCACGAUUUCAAUUAUGCCAAAACAGGCACUGAGAGAUUUGGAUAUUUAUGUUAAUAUUAGAGAAACUAAUAACAUUACAAAAUUAGUAAUUACAAUUCCCGGAAAUGAGACUUACUUUUUUACUGGACCUAUAAAACAUGUUGGCGGCAACUUUUCUGAACUUGCUACUAACUUUUCAUAUCGUACUGCUAAAAUUCAAUAUCAUCCAUCUUGUGAUCAACAACAAUUCAUGUUAAAUAAUUCUGAUGAUAAAGAGCUGAAUUAUCAGCUAAGAGUUCAAUACGAUGUUAAUAGAACACAGUCGUCUUCUGAAAUUCUGUUUGGUGAUGGACAUUUUGUUCAUUUUUUUGCUCCUGAGAGUCUUUCUCCAAUACCAUUGCACAUCAUUUUUGUGUUAGACACAAGUACAUCUAUGUGGGGUCGGAAAAUUGAGCAACUUCAGGUGUCAAUGAAGUCAAUUCUUGGGAAAUUACGCUCUGAAGAUCAUUUUAGUUUGAUCCAUUUUGGAAAUGAUGUCUCUGUAUGGUCAACACAACCACAAGAAACAGUUGGAAUCAAUAGGUACAAUUUUACUCAUGAAGCAAAUAAGAUAAAUAUUGAUAGAGCAACAUAUUUUAUUUCUACAUUGAAUGUCACAGGAGGAACAAACAUAAAUAGUGCUCUGAGGAAAGCUCUUGAAUUGGCUGCAAAACACAAAGUUAAUUCAGAGAAAUCAGGAAUUCCAGGCUUAUCUGUGCCUUCUAUUAUUUUGCUACUGUCAGAUGGCAUUCCUACAACAGGUGAACUGCGUUCUUCCCGCAUACUGGCAACAACGAGGGCUCGCAACACAGAAAUUCAGAAAACAUUGAACGUAGGCUUACAUGGUGCUCAAGAAACAGGUGAACAAAUAUACAGUCUGAAUAAGAACUUUAAUAAAAACAAUAAAGUCACAAGUAUUGCCACCAUAUUUAGUUUGUCAAUAGGUGACAGUGCAAAUUUUGGUUUCUUAAGAAGGUUAUCACUUCAAAAUCAUGGAUUUGCAAGAAAGAUUUAUGAAGCAUCAGACACUGCUAUUCAGUUAGAAUCAUUUUUUGAAGAAAUUUCAUCUCCAUUGCUGACAAAUAUCAAUUUCUUUUAUUCAGGGCGCUCUAUAUUGCAAGACUCCAUUACAAUAAAUCAUUUCCACUCAUAUUUCAAAGGAGGUGAAAUAAUUGUUGCUGGUAAAUAUAAAGUUGAAGAUGAUGUGGACGAUUCUCUUAAUUUUAAUAAUGAAGUAACAGGGUGGAAUAAGAAAACUGAAAUACAUCAAAAAAUUCAAGCAAAGAGGAAGAUCAAUAUUCAAGAAGAAGUAGAUUUACUAGAAAGAUUAUGGGCCUAUUUGACUAUCCAACAACUUAUUAAGCAGCAAAUUGCUGAAGGAGGUUCCAAUAAGAAGAAUCAAACUUAUAAAAAUGUGGCAAGGAAAAUGGCCUUGAAGUACAAGUUUGUGACACCAUUAACAUCAUUAAUAGUAAUGAAACCUGAAAAUGAAUUACCUUACAAAUUAUUAGCUAAACCUAUUGAUGAAACAGAAGAAGGAGAGAAUUUCGUUUUUCAGAAUAAGAUAGUUUCCAUUCCUAUGAGACCAUUUCAAAAUCAUGUUCAUCCAAGUCUUGGCCUGCCCACAGACAUGGCAAAUAAUAAAGAUGCUACAACACAUAACGAGACAGAUAUAAGUCAAAAUAACACAGAGCUGUUGCAGGAGUAUGUUGUCCCAUGGAGGUUAAAACAAACAAAACUACUACAUCACAAGAACAAUGAUUAUCAAAUUAUUAAAGGAAAAAUAAUUAUAGUUUUAAUGUUUCUCAAUUUUAUUAAUUUUACAUUCUUUUGA